UGUGCGAAGUUUCUUGGAGAGAGAGUCUUCCCAGUGAGUCAUCCCCUUGACGACUUCCGUUUCCAUAGCUUUCCCGCGAAUUGGAGAAAGUAAUACCUUACCCUACUCACUUACUUAUGUAACAUCUUCCGUCGCUCUUCUGCAACUCUGUGUAUGGCAAUUUCCGAAAUUAUCCUCGCAAAGAAAAAUUAAAUUAUCCGUAUUCUCAGUCUCCGGUGUGUGAGUUUGUUCGUUGUCGCCGUCUACCUCUGGGAAAACCAGUCCAGUUUGAGUUGUCACGCUUGAAAUGAAAUGCGCGUUUUCUUUGAAGUCGGAAUGCGAGAUCCAAUUCACGACUUCAUUCAAAGCUUCACAUCUCUUGCGCCAUCGUUGCAGAUUCUUUCACAUCUCCGAUUUAGUCGGUCCUUGUAUUUGGCUUUACACUGUGCUUCACAGAACUUUCUGUUAUUGAGAUAAAAUUUUCGUCUUCUAGACUCUGUGAGGUGUGCCUGCUGUGUGUUUUUCUCCUUUGGGAAGCAGAUUCCACAUUGUUGUCAACGAGAGGUUAACAGAGAAUUUUGCAGGCCUGGUUUUUUCUGUUUUUGGUUGUGGUUACUAAGAGGCUGUACAUUGAGGAUUUUGGCCUGCGAAAAAUAGGUACUUUAAUUCAAGUAUUCUGGUUGGUGGGUUUGCUUUGAAAUUUGGGAGCGCCGUAGUUGUUGUUGGAGAUAAUCUCCUCAAAAAGGGCAAGCAAUUGGAACUUCAUCUUACUGGUUCCUCUGCCUCGUUGAUAUUGGAUUAAUUUGGUGACGUGGAGAAAAAAUGAAAGGUGGAAAACGAAGGAAGCUCCGCUUCAGCAAGAUCUACUCAUUCGCAUGCGGGAGACAAUCAUUUGACGAAGACUAUUCACAGAUUGGGGGACGGGGUUAUUCCAGGGUGGUCUUCUGCAAUGAACCAGAUAUCCUUGAGGCUGAAAUUCGGGAUUAUACUGACAACUCUGUCAGGUCUACAAAAUAUACUCUUGCUACUUUCUUGCCCAAAUCACUGUUUGAGCAAUUCAGGAGGGUAGCUAAUUUCUAUUUCUUGGUUACUGGAACCUUAGCCUUCACCCCACUUGCUCCCUUCAUAGCUGUUAGCGCUAUCGUUCCUCUGAUCAUCGUUAUUGGGGCAACAAUGAUUAAAGAAGGUAUUGAAGAUUGGCGGAGGAAGAAGCAGGACAUUGAGGUGAACAAUAGACUGGUUAAAGUGCAUAAAGGUGGUGGUGUAUUUGAAUAUACUGCAUGGAAGAAUCUGAGAGUGGGAGAUAUAGUGAAGGUAGAGAAGGACGAAUUCUUUCCAGCAGACCUGCUUUUGCUUUCAUCCAGUUAUGAGGAUGCAAUCUGCUAUGUUGAGACCAUGAACUUGGAUGGGGAGACGAAUUUAAAGCUGAAACAAGGGUUGGAGGUAACUUCUUCCAUGCAUGAGGAUCUCAACUUCUGUGAUUUUAAAGCUACAGUUAAAUGUGAAGACCCAAAUGCCAACUUGUACUCUUUUGUUGGAAGCAUUGAGUUUGAAGAGAAACAAUAUCCCCUUUCCCAUCAGCAACUUCUCUUGAGAGAUUCUAAACUCCGCAAUACAGACUUUAUAUUUGGAGCUGUCAUUUUCACUGGUCAUGACACGAAGGUUAUUCAAAAUUCUACUGAUCCCCCUUCAAAGAGAAGCAAGGUUGAGAAGAAGAUGGAUAAAAUAAUCUAUUUCUUGUUUUGUAUUCUUUUUCUAAUGGCAUCUGUUGGAUCUAUUUUCUUUGCAAUUAUAACUAAAGAUGACUUGGAAAAUGGGUUGAUGAAAAGAUGGUAUCUUAGACCAGAUGAUUCUACAAUUUUCUUUGAUCCGAAAAGAUCACUAUCUGCUGCAAUUUUUCAUUGUUUGACAGCCUUAAUGUUAUAUGGCUUCUUUAUUCCAAUCUCCUUGUAUGUAUCAAUAGAAAUUGUUAAAGUCCUUCAGAGCAUCUUUAUCAAUCAAGAUAUCCAUAUGUACUAUGAGGAAGCAGACAAACCAGCCCAUGCCCGUACUUCAAAUUUGAAUGAAGAACUUGGCCAAGUUGAUACAAUACUUUCUGAUAAAACUGGUACUUUGACCUGCAACUCGAUGGAGUUCAUCAAAUGUUCUAUUGCUGGGGUAGCUUAUGGCCGUGGUGUUACUGAGGUGGAAAAAGCUAUGAAUAAAAAAAAUGGUUCAUCAAAGAUUCUUGAGCAAGAUAGUGGAUCAGAUGAUAUCAGGGACUAUACUGUUACAAAAGCCCCCAUCAAAGGGUUUAAUUUUACAGAUGAAAGGAUAAUGGAUGGAAAGUGGGUUAAUGAGCCUCAUGCAGAUGUUAUCCAGAAGUUUUUUCACUUAUUGGCGACCUGUCAUACAGCCAUCCCUGAAGUGGAUGAAGACACUGGAAAUAUCUCGUAUGAAGCUGAGUCCCCAGAUGAAGCAGCCUUUGUGAUUGCAGCAAAAGAACUUGGCUUUGAAUUCUACAAAAGAACUCAGACAAGUUUAUCAAUGUAUGAGUUGGACCCUGUUUCUGGUGAAAAAGUUGAAAGGAUGUAUGAGCUUCUCAAUGUUUUAGAAUUCAAUAGCUCUAGGAAGCGAAUGUCAGUGAUAGUGAAAGAUGAAGGUGGCAAAAUUUUUCUAUUCUGUAAAGGUGCUGACAGUGUCAUGUUUGAAAGGGUUGCCAAGAAUGGGCGGGCGUUUGAAGAGAAAACCCUUGAACACGUGCAAGAGUAUGCUGAUGCAGGUCUAAGGACCUUGAUAUUGGCCUAUCGUGAACUUGAUGAAGAAACAUACAGGGAAUUCGAUGAAAAAUUUUCUCUGGCCAAGAAUUCAGUUUGUGCAGAUCGAGAGACACUGAUUGAUGAAGUAUCAGAUAAGAUUGAGAAGAAUCUAAUCCUUCUUGGUGCCACUGCUGUAGAGGACAAACUCCAAAAUGGGGUUCCUGAUUGCAUUGACAAACUUGCUCAGGCAGGAAUCAAGAUUUGGGUUUUGACUGGGGAUAAAAUGGAGACCGCCAUCAAUAUUGGUUAUGCUUGUAGUUUGCUUAGACAAGGAAUGAAGCAAAUUAUAAUUCAUCUGGAUACUCCAGAUAUUAAAGCAUUAGAAAAGGCUGGAGAAAAGAUUGCUAUUGCCAAGGCAUCAAGGGAAAAUAUCCAACGUCAGAUAUCUGAAGCUACUGCACAACUUGCUGUUUCCAGAGGGACUUCUCAGCAAGCAUUUGCUCUGAUCAUUGAUGGAAAAUCACUUACAUAUGCUCUUGAGGAUGACAUGAAGAACAUAUUUCUGGAGCUUGCACUUAAUUGUGCAUCAGUUAUCUGCUGUCGGUCAUCACCAAAGCAGAAAGCACUGGUUACUAGACUUGUUAAAUCUGGAACUGGAAAAACAACACUAGCCAUUGGUGAUGGAGCCAAUGAUGUGGGAAUGCUUCAAGAAGCAGAUAUAGGGGUUGGAAUUAGCGGUGUAGAAGGAAUGCAGGCUGUUAUGUCUAGCGAUAUUGCAAUUGCCCAGUUCAGGUACUUGGAGCGGUUACUCCUUGUGCAUGGACAUUGGUGUUACCGGAGGAUCUCAUCAAUGAUAUGCUAUUUUUUCUACAAGAACGUCACUUUUGGAUUCACUCUCUUCUUGUAUGAAGUGUAUGCAUCAUUCUCCGGAAUUCCAGCUUACAAUGACUGGUUUUUGUCUCUCUACAACGUUUUCUUCUCAUCUCUCCCUGUCAUUGCUCUUGGCGUAUUUGACCAGGAUGUUUCUGCCCGGUACUGUCUUAAGUUUCCUCAGUUAUAUCAACAAGGAGUGCAGAAUGUCCUCUUUAGCUGGCGCCGUAUACUUACCUGGAUGCUGAAUGGAUUCAUAAGUGCAAUCAUAAUUUUCUUCUUCUGCACAAAAGCGAUGGAGCUUCAGGCCUUUGAUAGGGACGGAAGAACAGCCGGGAGGGAUAUACUCGGAGCAACCAUGUAUACCUGCGUUGUAUGGGUUGUGAACUUGCAGAUGGCACUUGCCAUAAGUUACUUCACCUUGAUUCAACAUAUUUUCAUCUGGGGCACCAUUGCUUUCUGGUACCUUUUCCUCAUGAUAUACGGAGCAAUGCCACCAGGUUUUUCCAAGAAUGCCUAUGAAGUCUUCGUUGAAACGCUCGCCCCAUCUCCCAUGUUUUGGCUUGUGACUUUCUUUGUGGUGAUCUCAACCUUAAUACCUUACUUCUCCUACUCAGCACUUCAGAUGAGGUUCUUUCCCAUGUACCAUGAAGUGAUACAAUGGUUAAGGUACGAGGGGAAGGCAAAAGAUCCAGAAUUUUGUGCCAUGGUGAGACAGAGGUCACUGGGGCGAGUAACCAUUGGUCCAACAGCACGCUUAGAAGCUAAGAAGGCUAGCCACAAUAAGAACAGAACUUCUAACCAUAGAUGAUCUAAUUUGAGGUUUCUUGUUUGAUUCUUAAAAGGUUGUUGCUAGCUUGUUCAUAUCAGCCUGGAAUUUCCACCUUGUUUGCCCAUCCUUUUGGAGUUGUUCAAUUGGUUCCUCUCGGCCAGAAAAAAAGCAUGUUUGCUUCCCCUGAAGAUGGUUCUUGGAACCACCAUUUGGUUGUGAAGUUCAAAAGAAGAAUAAAUCUCUCUGUAUAUUUGUUCUUUGGCCAUAUGAGGUUGCAUAGUGGUUCGCUUUCUCUUUUAGCUUUUUGUAUCGUAGAAGAUAUUAGAGUAUAGAGAAGCAAGAGUGCUUUUUUUUUUUUUGGGUAGGAUUUGUUAGAGUUGCUUUUAUCCUAUUUAUAGGAAAUAGAACAGAGUUCCCUUGUUUCUGAGGUAUUUCAAGUCUCAUUAUUAUUUAAAAUUGCUC